AUGGACUUGCUAAGCAUUUUAGAUGGCACUCCAGAGCCACCGAUAGUCGAUUUACAUUUGGAACAAGUCAACAAUUCGGGCGAAUACAACUUGCCCACGCCUAUGUUCGAGUUUCAAAAAGAGCUCACCGACCAGAUUGUUUCUUUACAUUAUCCUGAUAUUCUCAAGUAUUGCGAAACAAAUGACACAACAGAGCUUAUUGUCAAGUCUUUGGAAAUCUGUGUUGAUAACUGCAUGCUUGUAGCAACUCACCCAUACUUGCUUAUCCAGCAUUACAUGCCCAAAAACUUGGGUAUUCGAGACAUUCCUGCUAAAUUGGCGGAGACUAGUGGAAAGUUCAAUGUUUUGAAGGAUUUGAUUAAUGUCAUUAUACUGAACUCUGUGCUGAACUUACAGAAAAAUGUCGGUAUCGUCAUGAAGAAUGAUUCCCGCGUUUUUGACCUAGUGGAAGCUCUUAUUUUGGGUUGCUCAGGCCCGAAAAGCAUCCAAAGGUACGUGGGAAACAAUGUGAAGAAAGAAUCUUCAAGAGGUGGGAAAAACUCAAAAGACUCAAAGCAAACGACCAUUCAUUUGAUUCCACACGACGGUAUGGUCACUAAAAACGAAAGCGAGUUCAAAAGUGCCAAGUUCAAUGCUUUGAUUGUUUUGGACGGCUACGUUGAUACCGAUUCUGCCUUUUUCAAGGGCCUACGCACCCAAAAUCGUCGUGGAGAGGAGUCCGUUCUCAUUCGCUUGAUCCCAGUAAACACCAUCGAACAUUGCCUUCUACAUUACAAAGACUUCAAAGACUCUGACUCAUAUCUAUACAAACUCAUAUCUUGCAUCGUUUGUAUGAGAGAUCAAAUCGGAAACUUGCAACCAGACCUUUUUCCCAUCUACAACCAGAAUCUCACAUACUUGUCUCACACAUUCUUUGAUCACGUUUUCCGUCGAGACUUGCGUUCAUUCCCAGUUUGGCCCUUACCUGAACUUCCAAACAUUCCCAAGUUUUCGGCAACCGAUGUUGAAAGAUCAUUGCUUACCGAAGUCGUGUAUCACUAUACUCCAUACGAUUCCAAUGAAACUGCUAACGAGACGUCACCGAAAAAGAAAUCGUACUACGAAACGAAACGCUUGCAGUCAGAAUACGUCUCAAAUCCUCUCAAAAAUGACUAUAAUGCCUUGAGCGGGAUUCAUAAUCAUGAUCAAUUGUGGGCAAAAACGGAGAAGGACCGUUCAAUUCUUUCACAUAAACUAAUUUUGCAGCUUAAUACAGGUUAUUUGAGCUUAUCCAAAGUCGAAGAAGAAUACAACGCUUACACUGAAUAUAACAAGCCAGAAAGACAGCAAAAAAUUGGUCGGCGGACUGAUGAAAUAAAGUCAACGUUAUCAAAGAUUCUCGAUGACAUAGAUCACUCUGAGCAAAGAAUUCAGAUAGCAGAGAAAAAGACACUCAAACGUAACGAAGAAGUCAAGUCUCUUGAAGAAAGCACGAAAGAGGCGAAAGAAAAGCUUUCCAAUUUCAUUGAAGAGAACAAUAUCGAGAAAGAUUCCGCGAAGGGACGUUUUAUUGCGAAUCAGUUGAAGAUUUGGGAUUUGCAAAACGAGGUCAAGGGACUUGCUUCGAAAAUACAAACGAAACGUGAAGAAAGAGACUACAUGGCAAAGGAAGUAUCAAAUUGUGUUGAGUCUAUAAAAACUUCAGAGGCGCAAACAAAACAAACACAGGAGAGCAUCACCGAGUUGAAACGGUCGUUGGCAUCAGCAGAAGAACAAGAACGUUUGGCUAAAGGAGCCUUUAAAAAGCAAAAGCUUUCCAUUAAUGCUUCCUAUGAAAAGCUUCAAAAGGAAAACGAAGCCCUCCGAACAAAGAUGACCAAAUACUUGAAGUUUUUGAGGGAAACGUCUCAUCUCAAAAAAAGAAAAGGCAGAGGCCUUACUCCAAGUCUUCGCUAA